GGGGGAGGGUUUGUAUGGUUCUGGGCCAUAGUGAGCGGUCUGCUGGGACUGCUGCUGAGUCUCGUGUCCGUGGUAAAGAGGAUUCUAGGCUGUGGAGAUGACACUAAGACGGAUAGUGAUGAACAACAACAGAGGUCGUAUGCAGCUGGAAGAGCUACUAGCAGCAGUGGGGGGAGCGAACGCGGAGGAGACAGAGGAGGUGGUGGUGGCAGUGGUGAGGAGAAAGUCGUCCAGAUUCUCGCCACCGACUUUGACGAGGAAAGUUCUGACGAUGAAGAACGGAGGAAUACUUACAACGGAAACUCCACUGAGCAACAGUGAAACUGCAACCUGACCUGCCAGCUACUGUAGCACUUCUUGAGUUCAAUCACACAUACUUGUUUAACUGGCUUGUUGCCUUGCAUCGUUAUGUAUGAACCUCGGUGUGUUCAAAGAGUAUAUUACUGCUCCCACGUGUGUGUGACAUUUUGUGGAGAAAUAACGUAUUAAAAUUUGGACCACAAACAUAAUCGACUACUAUUCUAGGUGCAACGUGGUAUAGAACUAUUGUGGAACGAACAUAUCUGAAAUGAAAGUUUUUAUAGCA